GGGGCAGGGCCCAGCCCGGCGCCAUGGCGGCCGCCGGCAGCCCCGGCGUCUUUCUGCUGGCGGUCAACGGGCAGAUCGAGAGCGGGCAGUUCCCCGGAUUUGACGACCUCUACUGCAAGUUCUGCUUCGUCUACGGCCAAGACUGGGUUCCCACAGCGGGCCUGGAGGAGGGCAUCUCCCAGAUUACUUCCAAGAGCGACGUCGCGCCCACCACGCUCAUCUGGAACUUCCCCAUCGACAUUACCUUCAAGAGCACCAAUCCGUCCGGCUGGCCGCAGAUUGUAGUGAGUGUCUACGGACCUGACUUUUUUGGAAACGAUGUGGUCAGAGGUUAUGGAGCUGUUCACGUUCCCUUCACACCUGGGAGGCAUACAAGAACCAUCGCUAUGUUUGUUCCAGAGUCCACAUCUAGGCUGCAGAAGUUUACAAGUUGGUUCACAGGGAGACGUCCAGAAUUUACUGACCCCAAAGUUGUAGCACAGGGAGAAGGAAGAGAAGUAACGAGGGUGCGAUCUCAAGGCUUUGUGACCAUAUCCUUCAACGUAGUGACCAAAGAUAUGAAGAAGUUGGGCUAUGACGUGAGCCCGAGCGACAUGCAGAACCCUUCUCUGGUACCUGUUACGGAAGGGAUUCAUAAGUAUUGAACUCAGGUGUGAGAUGUUCAAAGGCUCACAGAGAAGUUAAGCACUUUGGGGUUUUUUGUGGCAAAGGGAAAUGAGUAUCUGACUAAACUGAGAAGAUUUCACUUGAGACCAUUAUUCCAAAAGAAACACAAGCUCAUGAGGCUUUGGAAUAAUUACCUAAGUAAAGUAUAAUCCUUUCAGUAAACAUACACGUUGAAGUAUUAUGUAAAUUAAUGUAAUCAGAUAAUAUUUAGCAUUUUUAUAAGUAACACCAGACUAUCCCAAUAUAAGACCUAUAACAAAAUAUUUUUUAUAACAGCCUUUUGUACACUCUUUAUAUACUUAAAGAAUAGGAAAGUUUAUAGUUGCAGCAGUUUUCCUGUGUUGUUUAAAACAUCAUUGCAAACCCGCUUCUUUUUACCGAUGUUUUUUGUGGUAGAAAUGGGAAAUGGAAAAUCUUGCACCUUCCAAAAAGGAGGAAAAAUGGAAACGUUCCAGUGAAAUGCACAUGCGCUUCCCUCUGCAAAGGCAAUAGCAGUUUUCUUUAUAAUCCCACAUAGUCCUUUAGAGUUUGUGCAACUAAUUAAAAUAUAUCUAUCUAUCUAUCUCAUGCAUGGUAGCAACAGAGCUUUCCAUAUUUUUUUCAGUGAAGCAAAGCUGGACUUUUGCAUUUAGAACAAGAUGAUGGCCCUUCCAUUUCCAGAUUUUAUUUCUGCAUCAAGCUUCAGGAAGGAAAAAAAGAAAAAAAAAAGGACAGCAGUUUAUUUUAGAGGUGUUAGAGAGACCAUGGUGUUAAACAAAUCCUUGCUGCAUAGUUUUAGCUUCUGGUAGAACAAAUUGCAUUUUAAGUGCAGAUAUUGACUAUAAAUAAGCUUUAGAGAAGGCUCUGCCAAGAAAGUAGAGUCUCAGUAAGCCAGCUGUGCAUGCAGUCAUAAGCAGCAUUUAGCUCCACGUGAGGUACCAGAGGCACUGUGCUGCACAGGAGAGCAGGAAAGACCCUCUCCCUUCAGCAGGUCCCUCCAGCCAGUACAUUACACAGAUAAUGCACCAUGGCGUUCCUUAGCUGAUUUUCUUAUCAAAAGAAAGGCAGUAAAAAAGCAACAUAGCGAUCUUCAAGUCUGCUAUACUCAGGUUUUCCUUCCCAUUGCAUAACCUCCAAGAAGGACCGAAAUGAUGUUGGUUGUUAUUAGGGUGUGACAGGGGCUCCAGAGCUGACGUGCUGCGCUCCGACGCCUGCAGUGUGAGGGUAGAGCUGGCCUCGGUCCGAAGAGCUUCUCCUCUGAUGUCUGACCAUGGCCUUUCAGUGAGUCCCCCUCUAAGCUGAUGUUAGUGCUCUUCUUUUAGCCUGAAUAAACACAGUUGUCUAAA